AAAGAAAGACAUCAACAUUUUGGAUGACAUGGUGAUGAGUAAAUUAUCUGGAUUUUUCUUUUAAGAAAAUGGAAUAUUCCUUUAAGUCAUAAAAGUUUAGAAUAUACUAAGUUUUGUCAUAGCAUCAAAUAUAUGCAUUUUUACAGUCAGUUGUUCUUCAGCUCUUAAAGAUGUUGAUUUUGUAAAGGUUAAUAUGUGUCAUUUAAAGAUAGUUGACUUUAGAUAAUAUUUCAUCUCUGUUACUGCAACUGUUCAAUUUUGGCCUGCAACAACAAAAGGUAUGUAAAUAAAACUGUAUUUGUUACUCUGCCUGUUAAAACUAGGUCUCAAAAUAAAAUUCUAGCCUCAGUUUGAUUUCAGUCAUUAAUUUUACUAUUAUUUCAAUCUUACUCAGUCAAUUUUAAAUAUAUCAUGGUUAUAUUUUGUUCAGAAUUACAUUAUGUAAGAUUAAAAAAAAUUAAAAUGACAUAGCUGGGUUUUUACAGACAGGGUCACAUUUUAAGGCAACUAUUAGUGCUUAUGAACAAAAAUGUAUUAUCGUGUGUAUUCAUUUUUUCUAGUAUAGGAAUCGCACUAUACAUUUAUUGAAUAAUUUCUGUAGCAAUCCUCUGUGUUUUUUACAGAUCAAAUGCUCAUUUAAGUAGGCUACUACAUGAGUUUUCCUUUAGACGGUAGGCAGUUUAUUUAUUUUCUUUAAAAAAAAUAUUUGAUCCCAGCCUGGUGAUGGCAAAUAUAGACUUCAAUAUUUGAGUUGUUGUGGUGAACAUAUUUACCAGAGGAGUGUAUCCUUGUACAUCCUGCUUUUAUACUUCAGCAAACAGUGUGUGCCAAAGAAAUACCUAAACGUUUACAAGCUCUGUUUACAACCUCAAUAGUUUUAACAGUAUUUUUUGCACUUUUAAAUAGUUUGUCACAAUGCUAUUUGUUUUAGGUCAACACUGCUGUCAUUAGCAGAAGUGAUCAGAAAGCUGUACGAUUUUAUGACUGAAGAUACAGUAUACCUCUGAAAGUGAAUGUGCUUUAUGUUUUUGUUUGCUUCAUUUGUACGUAUGCAUUUGUUUCUCUUUGUGACAGACCAGGUUGCGUUAUAUGUACUUCCCACAUGUCAAUAUUUUACAGCUUUAUACUUAAAAUAACAAAAAAUAUAUGCAUGUUUCCAACUAUUAGUUGGAGUUAUAUACAGUAUGUUAAAUACAGGAUAAAAGUUUGAUAAUUUAAAGUUUGUCACUGUAGUGUAAAACUAUUAGUCGAUUCUGAAAUGUUAAAUGCUGUAUAUGGCUUUUGAAAAUACACACUGUCUUCCACCCUUGUUUGUAAUGUAAUCGUUCAGCAACAGAAAGUCAAACAAGGAAGUAAACUUGGAUGUCUGCUUGGAUGGAAUGGGCAAUAUUCAUUUACAACAUCACCAGGUGAACUGCGGGUCCUAUAUUGUCUUUUCCUAGUAAAAAAAAUUGACUGCUGAAGGAUCCUGAGCUGGAUUUUAAAACACUUGAAGGAAAUUGUCUUGAAUAAAUUUCUUCUGAAGAUAUGGACAAGGAUAAAGACAAAAACAGCUUUCCAUCUCAUGGCAAAAGAGGGUUUGGGAUGAAAGUGAAGAAGAAAAGGAGAGGUAACAAGAGUGUUGUGAUCUCAAACAAAGGUGUUUUAGAGCCUGAAAUUAAAAUCAAACCAGACAACACUAAAGUGUUAGAAGCGCAACAACCUGAAGAUGUUACAGCAGCAGCCAUUUCAGAAGAGUUUUCCUUUCGACCAAACCCUAAUACUAAAAGGUCUAAAACUGUGGCCAAGAUAUUGGAAAGUGAUACCAAACAACAACAGUUUCAGAUCUCCAUCAAUAUAACAGAAGCUAGGCAGCUGGUUGGGGAUAAUAUAGACCCUAGCGUUGUGAUUGAAAUUGGAGAUGAGAAAAAACAAACCUCUGUCAAAGAAGGAACCAAUUCCCCUUUUUACAAUGAGUUUUUUGUGUUUGACUUCUUUUGCUACCAAAGCGUCUUUUUUGACAAAGUCAUCAAACUAUCGGUGAUGCACUCAAAGAUCAUGAAGGGCUACUGUGUGGGAACAUUCAAGAUUGACGUUGGAAUGGUUUACGCCCAACCUGGCCAUCAGUUUAUCAACAAGUGGGCGUCGCUAAUAGACCCGGCUGACAUCCACACAGGGGUGAAAGGUUACGUGAAGUGUGACAUUACCAUUGCGGGAAAGGGAGAUGUUGUUCCACCUUCCCAGAAGUUCAGUGAUACUGAAGAAGACAUACAAAAGAACCUCCUGCUUCCUGAAGGCUUAAACCCUGAGCGCCCAUGGGCUAAAUUUUCUGUGAUAGUGUACCGAGCAGAAGGUCUUCCCAGACAAAACUCCAGUAUUAUGGCUAAUGUGACCAAAGCUUUUGUUGGAGAUAACACAGCCCUCAUAGACCCAUACGUUGAGGUGUCCUUCUUCGGUCAAGUUGGCAGGACGUCUACUCAAAAGAGUUCAGCAGAUCCAGUGUGGAACGAGCAGGUAGUUUUUACAGAGAAGUUUCCUCCAUUGUGCCAAAGACUGAAGGUUCGGGUCCUGGAUGAAGGAAGCAUGAAUGAUGUGGCCAUCGGGACUCAUUACAUUGAUCUGCACACAAUCUCAAAUGAUGAAGAUGGAGACAAUGGUUUCCUGCCUACAUUUGGACCAGCAUGGAUCAACAUCUAUGGCUCACUGCGCAGUUCCACACUGGCAGAUGACAGCCAGUUGAACGAGGGUAUCGGGGAGGGUGUGUCAUACCGAGGCAGGAUUUACAUAGAGCUGAUGGUGGAGAUCUUAUCUGGAGCUGGUGGUCCAGAUAAAUCCCUGUCCUCCAGGAUGAAGGGAAGCAAAGCAAAGACUAAAGAUCCCAAAACCACAGCAGGACCAGGAGGUGAGGAGGAUAAGAGCAAGGCCAGAGGACCGGAGGUGAUACCAGUGGAGCCUCUAGAGAAGGCGGGUGAUAUAGACAUGGAAAAUUUCCUGCUCUUUGGCUCUGUGUUUGAGGCUUCCAUGAUUGACAGACGUCUUGGAGAUAAACCUUUCAGCUUUGAGUUUUCUAUAGGCAACUUUGGAAACCUAAUAGAUGGUAUUUUACCUCCUGCAAAGAAAAAGCCAGCGGUCAGUGGUGAAGAUGUGGCGGUGACCACCCCUCUACUAGACACUACAGCUACAGUACCGUGCAAAUCUACUACGACCCCUGAGAAGCCUCAGAUUGGAGAGCCACAAAAAAACUACAUGUACCUGCCAAUCUCAAAACAAAAGCCUUGUGUGUAUAUUUAUUCUAACUGGGAGGAUCGUGCUUACCGACUUCAUCACUCCAACAUGCUGGACGCUAUUGCACUGAUGUUUGAUGAGGGAGUUGACAAAGUAAAGGAACUGGAUAAAAUGUUGGAUCCCAAAGCGGAGCCUCUCAUGAAACAUGUUCUUCGAGAAUUCUGCAAAGACGCCAGGGAGUUUAUUGCCUUUGCUGAAAAAAAGGUGAAGGGUGACAACUUGACCUUACUGGACAAAAAGAGACUCAAACUGUGCAAAGAUAAACUGGAGCAAAUGAUUGAAGUAUCAGUAGGAAUACUUGAGCCUAAGAGAAGACCUUUGACUGUCAAACAGAUGAUGCAGGAAGUCCUGAAAAUCAAAAAGAAAUUGAGAUUCCUGGUGGAAGAGCCUCAACACACUUUACCGGAUGUGUUUGUGAGUAUGGUCAGUAAUAACAAGCGUUUGGCAUAUGCCAGAAUCCCUGCUCGUCACCUGAUCUUCUCGAGAAGUCCAGAACAAAAAGGCAAAGACUGUGGGAAAAUCAAGACACUGUUUCUCAAGCCUCCGGGAAAGCGUGGACCAGGGUGGACAGUCCAGGCUAAACUGGAUGUGUACCUUUGGCUAGGAACUACUCAAGAGUCAUACAGCAUGCUGGAAAAUCUCCCAUCAGGCUAUGAGCUGGAAGGGGUUUCAUCAGAAGACAAAAGUGCUCCUCCACCUGAGAAUAUACUUUAUACAGAGCACCACAGGUUUCAGAUGAGGGCUCAUAUGUAUCAGGCCCGUGGUCUGAUCGCUGCAGACAACACGGGCCUCUCGGACCCCUUUGCCAGGGUGACUUUUCUGUCCAACACCCAAAACACUAAUAUCAUAAACCAAACUUUGACACCUACUUGGAACCAGAUGCUCCUGAUAAAAAACGUGUCUCUGUAUGGAGGUCUCCGUGAUAUAGUCGAGGAACCCCCAUUGGUUGUGAUUGAAGUAUAUGAUGAUGAUGCAGUGGGUAUAGAGUACUUGGGCUCUACAGUAGCUGUUCCAAUAGUGAAACCGUGUGAAGAGCUAUACUCGCCCCCUCAACUGCAGUACAGCCCAGUGUACUGUGGGGGUCUGUCAGGAGGAGACAUACUGGGAGCAUUUGAACUCAUUCAGAUCUCACAGUCAGGAGAACACAAACCCCCUGCACAUGAUGAGCCAGAUGGAGGGAUAUACCCAGUGCCUGCAUACAUUCGACCUGUGCUCUGCAAGUACAGAAUUGAGGUUUUGUUCUGGGGCCUGCGAGAACUAAAGAAAGUUCAGCUCUUAUCUGUUGAUAGGCCUCAAGUUUUUAUCCAGUGUGCAGGAGCAGGCGUCAACUCUUCUGUGAUACAGAGUUACAAGAAAAACUCGAAUUUCGCAGUGCUCGUGGAUUCCUUUGAUGUGGAACUGCCUGAAGAUGAACACCUGCUCCCCCCUCUCACCAUCACUGUGGUGGACUGGAGGGCCUUUGGGCGAAGCACGCUAGUAGGCACUCAUGUGAUUAACAACCUGACCCUAUUCAAACACAUCCCCAUACCAACCCCGCCACCACAACAGGAGGCCAAAAACAUAGCUGUGGCUUCACUAUCUAUCCAGCAGAGUGUUGUGCCAAAGCCAGAAGAAGAGAUUGCCAUUGAUAUAGAGGAAGAGGAGACCCCCGCUCCUUUCCCCAAACCUGAGCCAGAAAUUGAUGACACAGAGAGGAUGUCAAAGAAGUCCAAACGAAGGUCUUCUAAAAGGAAAAAACGCACAGCAGCUGAUGAAUCUGCAGAUAAUGUUAUCGAUUGGUGGUCUAAGUAUUAUGCAUCAAUGGAAAAGGUCCAACUGGCUAAGCAGACAGAAAACAGUCCAUUUCCACUGCUCUUCGAACAAGUGGCUCCACUGGAAAGCAUUGUCUCAGAAGGAGUGACCAAUCUGGCUGCAGGUCUUAAGGACAGAAAAAAAGAAAUAAACUACAAAAAGAUUGCAGAACAGCCCAACAACAUUGCAACAUUACAGAUAUAUGACAAAGAACUGGAAGCUGAAUUUGGACCCUUUGACGACUGGGUUAAAACCUUUCCGCUCUCUCGAGGAAAGGCCAAUGACGAGGACAGCUCUGCUCAUGAGAGAUUUGUUGGAAAGUUCAAGGGCAAGUUCUGUCUGUACAAGGUACCAGAAAAAGAGGAUGAGAGGGAGGAUGCAUUUAAGAUUAGUCAGGGUAUUUCUUCCAACACUGCUGUGGAGGUCCUAAUCCGAGUGUACAUAGUUGCAGCCUUUAACUUGCACCCAGCGGACCCAGAUGGUAAAGCAGACCCUUACAUAGUACUUAAACUGGGAAAACAUGAGAUCAAAAACAGACAGGACUACAUCCCAAAGCAGCUUAACCCAGUUUUUGGAAGGUCGUAUGAAAUUCAAGCUACUUUCCCCAAGGAAUCCCUGCUAACGGUUGUCAUCUAUGACUAUGAUACCGUUGGCGGGGAUGAUUUGAUUGGAGAAACGGAGAUCGAUUUGGAGAACCGCUUUUAUAGCAGGCACCGUGCGACCUGCGGUCUGCCAACCGAAUAUGACACUGAGGGUUACAAUGCGUGGAGGGACUCGAGCAAACCUACGGAGUUGUUGAUUAAGUUGUGCAAGGACAACGGACUGGACAGUCCUCGUUUCACUCCCGGACGAAUUUCAAUCGGGAACAAAGUCUUCACGGGUAAAACUCUGUUUGUCGAUGAUGAUCAGAUGGUGGAGUCAUACGAACAUCUGGCUUUAAAAGUGCUACACAGGUGGACAGAGAUGCCAGGCAUGGGCUGUAAACUUGUCCCGGAGCACAUUGAAACACGCACUCUGUACCUCAAGAACAAACCAGGAUUGGACCAGGGCCAGCUGCAGAUGUGGGUAGACAUAUUUCCUAUGGAUAUGCCUCAUCCCGGUCCUCCUGUAGACAUCUCCCCUCGCAAACCAAAAGGGUAUGAACUGAGAAUUAUUAUCUGGAACACUGAAGAUGUCAUACUGGAGGACACCAACUUCAUAACAGGACAGCAGUCGAGUGACAUCUACGUCAAAGGUUGGUUAAAGGGGCUUGAAGAUGACAUCCAGGAGACAGAUGUUCAUUAUAACUCUUUGACUGGAGAGGGUAACUUCAACUGGCGCUUCGUGUUUCCAUUUAACUACAUGCCGGCUGAGAAAGUGGUGGUCAUACAAAAGCGAGAUAACAUCUUCUCUCUGGACAAAACCGAGCAGAAGAUGCCUGCUGUCCUUAUAAUGCAGGUGUGGGACUUUGAGAGACUUUCUUCUGAUGACUUCCUGGGCUCAGUGGAGUUGGACCUGCACAGGUUUCCACAUGGUGCUAAAUCAGCUAAAGCUUGUAAGAUGGAGAUGCUGACGGAAAGCAUGGAAAACAUCUCUAUCUUCCAGCAGAAACGCUCCAAAGGCUGGUGGCCCUUCACUAAAGCUGGAGAAAUUACAGGAAAGGUGGAGGCAGAGUUCCACCUGGUAACAGCUGAAGAGGCCGAAAAAAGUCCAGUCGGCCGUGCACGCAAGGAGCCAGAACCUCUGGAGAAACCAAAUCGGCCAGACACAUCCUUCUCCUGGUUUAUGAAUCCAUUCAAGUGCUUCUUUCACUUAAUCUGGGGGAACUACAAGAAGUACAUCAUUAUAGGCCUGCUUCUGUUGAUCUUGGUCGUCUUCCUGGUUCUUCUCUUUUAUACCCUCCCUGGAGCCCUUAGUGCUAAAAUAGUCAAUGGAUGAUCAAAUCUCACCCAAAAUACUGACUGGAUCCACUAGAGCUGGACAUUAUUAACUAUAUAAUAUUUACUAAUUCAUUUUUGUUGUUAUUGCUUUAGUGCAAUGCAAGCUUGUGCAUAGGAUGCAAUGAAAGCACUGCAGGCAGUUGGGCUACCCAGAAGCAUACAGGCAGCAGAAGGCAGCAGAAACAUACAGGCAGAUUUUUAGGAACACUCCAUCACUCGGUAUGAUACUGCAACAUUAAUAGUUUAAUAACAUUUUAACUGCAUAAGACCACAGACAAUCAGGACACUGAAUAUUAAAUAAUAAUCAGUUUAUAACUGUAGGAAGCUAAAAGUGUUUAUCACAUCCUACUUAGUGUAAACUAUAUUAAACCUAUCCUAUUACAGAGAUUUGAAUGAAUGAACACUUACAUAAAUACAACAAUUAUAUAAAACAAGCGAGUACGUCCUUAAAAGCAGUAUAAAUGUUUUAGUGUACUUCAUAGGCUUUGUGAAACAGUGUACUGGGUAAUAUCAUUGUGUUUUAAUCAUAUUCUAUAAUUAAUGCUCAUGUUUAAGUAAUUCAUGUAGAUGUAGUUUUGAUUUACAGAUAUUACAUUUGGACUAUUUUACUGUUUAAGUUAUGUAUGUUCCUUAAAAGGGACACUCCACUUUUUUGGAAAAUAUGCUAAUUUUCCAUCUGCCCUAGAGUUAAACAUUUUAUUUUUACCCUUUUGGAAUCCAUUCAGGUGAAUUCCGGGUCUGGGGGUACCACUUUUAGCUAGCUUAGCAUAAUCCAUUGAAUCUGAUUAGACCAUUAGCAUCGUGCUAAAAAAUAACCAGAGAGUUUCUAUAUUUUAUCCUAUUUAAAACUUGACUCUUCUGUAGUUACAUCGUUUACUAAGAUCGAUGGAAAAUUAAAAGUUGCUAUUUUCUAGGCCGAUAUAGAAACAAUACUCUCAUUCUGGCGUAAAAAUCAAGGACUUUGCUGCUGUAACAUGGCUGCAGCAGGCGCAAUAAUAUUACGCAACACCCGAAAAUAGUCCCCUUGGUAACCAUUGCAACUUUAAAA